UCAUAACAACAUAACAUACAAAGAGGCACCAUUACUCCAGUAGAAAGUUCUUUGAUGUUUGAUUUUACACAUUAAAGCAAAACAGAUAUGGGCGCUAUAUAUCAAAAAGUGGAGUGAAAAUGGCAUAUUUUUGCAUAUUUACAUAAAACCUAAAACAAAGCUUCAGUCCACGUGAACAAGGUCAUUUUCAUUUACAUGGACUCAAAUAUUUGUUUCUUCAGAGUCAGUGUGAGUGGCGUUCAUUUUUUUUAAAGUGGAGUACUUUGUAAAUAUUACCCAGGAAACCGUAGUGUACUCCAAACUGUCCUGAUUUUGUUCACAUAUGUUGUCGUAUCACAUCUCUCGUCUUCCUCUGAAAAGUAAGUGUGGUCAUGAUCUGCAGUAUGUUUAAUUGAGAUGAGGAAAACGCCUGAUUCUUCUUCUUUUGUGAUUCCGAUACUGGCAACGACAGGAGGCGGCAAAAAAGAAAAAUAGAAGAAAUGAAAAGACUAUAGUAUGAUUCGGUGCUCGUGUCGUUAAUUUACUCAUUCGUACUUGCUCACUUGUUGUGACUUGUCCCGUUAAAAUAAUGAACCGCUCUUUAUUAUUGAUGAUGGUAAUGGCACGCCAUUCAUUAUUCAUUAUCAAUUGAAGUCCGGAGGGAAGCAGGAAGGGGCAGAGUUGGAGUGACCUAAAACUUCAGAAAGCAUCGGGAGGUACAUCGGCCUCCCUCCAAGGUAUCGGUUUUCGGAGGGGGUCGGCGCCAUCUCUUAUGCUAAUGACAACGACGAUGGCCGUGAUGAAGAUGGUGACGUAUGACAGAUUUCGGUGUGUGCGAGUGCUGUGAAAGUUGGUGUGCGAGGGUUGAAGGGCGUGCCUUUAAAGCACAGCGAUGCAUACAAUAUAUGCCAUGCAAGAUAUCGCCGCCCAACCCCACCUCAUUCAUUGUGAAUGAAAAAAAUAAUAAAAAAUGCACAGCUAUAUUUGGAGAACUGAUGUCACAAGUGGUUUGAGCGCAGCACCUAUAAGUGUUGGCGCAUUGGCAGACAGUGUGGCAAACCUCUGGACUGCUCCUCAAUACACCAGGCUGGAAUUGGCAUCACGUAUAACAUAUUACCCAUCACCAUGUAUCACCCGAGGGUGGCCGCAUUCGUCUUAAUGCUGUCUGUAUUGCUGCGUUGCAUCGCCGCGGCCCCGAGCAACAGACACUCGAGUUCCAGCUCGUUCAGCGACGUGGAGAGCGCUCUGCCCGAUGGCGAAGAAUGGUCCUUGCCCAUGUUCCCCUUCUCCAACCCUUUCCUCAGCCUCAUGGCCACACGAUCCCAACAAGGAGAUACGAACAGUCACUCCGUCCAAAAGAGAAAGUGCAACACGGCCACCUGUGUCACCCAAAGACUAGCAGACUUUCUGGUGCGUUCCAGUAAUACCAUCGGUACCGUGUACGCGCCAACCAACGUGGGAUCUGCCACCUAUGGCAAGAGGGACCUACUUCUGCCUCCCAACUACUCCCUUCCUCUCUAGUACAUAUGACCAAUGAUGACUGUAUAUGAUAACUUUACAAUAAUUAUGAAUGUGUUCCUGUUCACGAUCAACUUUAAGCUACGGUGUCUUUUGCUCAAUGUGUUUUCUUCACGGUUAUUUUCAGUGCUCUUCCACAGUGGCAUGAUAUAAAUAUGAAACAAACAACGGUAUAAAUAAAAACUAUCAAAAAUGCUAUAUGACCUAUUUUGAUGGGAAAAAAAAAAAACAAGCUGUACAAAUGUUCCCCCCCCUAAUAAAACGAGAUGUUCUGAUCCACAUUAUUGUAUAGAAGCUGGAAAGCA